UUGGUUUUAAUUAAAAUUAAAAUUUAAAACAAACCUUGAAUCAAGAUGGAGUCAUUUCAAAACGGACCAGACAUUGACAGCAUGCUUGACCGCAUAGAAGGAGAAGUUAAAAUGGAAUCUAUGAGCCCUGACAAUGCCCAUGAUAUAACUGAUGACGCCAUUGAAACUAUGUUAAUGGAAGUGGAUAGCCAAAAUAGCCAAACUGAUAGCACAACACAGCAAAAUCUUGUUCCUAACUCUUCUAUAAUACAACCUACAGGCUUGGCUGGUGCUGCAGUUUCUACACAGCCUAUACAGGUAUUUACGCAGCAAAAAGUUGGUAACCCGAUCAUUACAAAGUAUGUUUUAAAGCGUCCUGCAAGUGCGAGCCUGAGUCCAAGCACACAGUUUACAAGUGUUUCUAAUCAAGCAAAACUGCCAGCUCUGCAAACAGUGACAGUUAAAGGCGGAAAUAUAACCCUAUCACCUGUAAAAGGAGGAUUUAAGAUUCCAAUAUCACCAAUGAAAACAUCUCUAAAAGUCUCAAUGAUACACCCAUCUCACCCAACAGUGCAUAACACAGUAAGCAUUACAAAUUCCCAGUCCACAGCCAAUAACCCAAAGUUCCAAUUCCAAACAUUUAUAUCCUCUGCCCCAACCAGUAACAGGAUAGCUGUCUCUAACAUACAGUCAAACCAGCAGCAAACUUUUGUACCAGUACCACAAAGAAUUCAAAUUCCUGGUGUUAAGAUGCCAUGCGUGAGACUGGUUCCAGCAAAUGGACAAAACCAAACCAGUGGCGUUACCAAUUAUGUAACAGCGCAUGCAAAUGAGCUACCUCCAGGUACAACUCUGGUUCAACAACAGCAACAGCAGCCUUUUGUUAACAUUCAGCCUUAUCAGAGGACAAUACAACAGCAAAAUAAACCCCAUCAAAGGCUUAUAAUGCCAGCCACUGCCUCUGUUACUACAAACCAGCAGCAGAGUGUGGCUAACAUGUCACAGGGGGCUUUGCUACAAGCAGGCAACAUUGGCUAUGCAAUGGUACCUGCAAAGUAUGUGGAACAGCUCAAAAAACAGCUCAAUACUGGCUCCAUUGUGUAUAGCUCAGAGUCUGCAGCAACUGGAAGCACGGAUAUAAAUCCGACCAUUCAGAGCAACACUACACAGAAAGUAGUUAUGAAUGGUAAAAUCCGUAAGCCAUGUAACUGCACAAAAUCUAUGUGUUUAAAGUUGUAUUGCGAGUGCUUUGCAAACGGACACUUUUGCGAUUCGUGCAACUGCAUAAACUGCCAUAACAACCUCGAAUUCGAUACCGACCGUUCAAAAGCAAUAAAGUCCUGUUUGGAAAGAAAUCCUAUGGCUUUUCGGCCGAAAAUUGGCAGAGGCAGAGAUGCAAAUAGGACUCACCAAAAGGGCUGUAACUGCAAACGCUCAGGCUGCCUGAAAAACUACUGUGAAUGUUACGAGGCCCGCAUACCAUGCACAUCCAAGUGCAAGUGUAUAGGAUGUAAAAACCUGGAAGAAGAUAGUGUAGCUCUGAAAGAACAACAUCCACUCAUGAACUUAGCUGACGCUGCAGCUGUACGCUGCCAGCAACAAGCGGCCUCAAAAAGCAGAAUAAGUACCCAUAUUGGGGAAAUACGGCCAACUCAGCGCCCACAGACGUACCACAGCGCCAGUGGAGAACGACUGCCUUAUACAUUCUUUACCCAAGAGGUGAUAGAAGCCACAUGUACCUGCUUACUUGCCCAGGCAGAAGAGGCAGAGAAAACUAACCGUUCCUCGAACCAAACUGAAAUGAUGGUUCUUGAGGAGUUUGGGAAAUGUCUCAUGCAAAUUAUUCAAGCCGCUGGUAAAGCAAAGUCAAAUCCAACAACUUAGUUUUGGUUUUUAAACGUUUUCAUCAUUUUCUUCCAACUUUCUGCCCAACUAGUAACAUUCUUUUUUCUAUAGUAAUGUGGGGGAAGAUGGGACACCUUUAGCACAUAAUAUCCAAAUAUCCUGAUCGUGUUUUAAACAGUUAAUAACGGUCUAUGGGAGUCGUUAGCAUACGGUUUAUAAUUCUUUGAAUUUUUUUUGGAUAAAAAAGAAAAAAUGAAAUGGGUGUCCCAUCUUUCUCCAACCUUCUAUAUAUAUAUAUUAUAUAUAAAGUAAAAUUAGGAAACUGAAUGUAGUCAAAUAAGGUGUUUAUAACUUAAUAUCAUAAACAAUUUAACCAGAUUUAUUUCUUUUUCACAACAUACUUGCACAAAUUUUGACACAUGUAUAACUUGGUAAAAAUACUAAAAAUCAUUUCACCGAUUUUUGGAUUUUGAUGCUUUAUUUGUUUCCUUUUUGCUUUGGUUUCAGUGUAUAAGAAAUUUUUGUUAGUUUAUUAGUUGUUAGUUUUUUUUGAUCAUUGCAUUGCUCUUAAAAAGGGCAGAAGUUGUGUAGAAAAUUUUACCGAUUUUUACCAUUUUCCGUCACCCCAACUGGCUUCAUUUUGUAUACACACAGUGUAAUUCAUAUGUGUUGCAAAUAUGACCUGUUAUACCAUGCUUUGAAAGGAAUAAUAUAGUAUAAAAAAAUGUAAAAAUUAUCAAAAGAAAUUGUAAUAUUAAAUUUUAAUUGGUUUAAAAAAUAAUUUUUGGUUGUAUUUUUCCUCAAAAAUCCCAUUUAAAAUCUGUUUAAAAUGAAGACUGUCAUUAACAUUGUAACUGUACCGAUAUUAAAACAACCUUUUUCACAUAAGAUUUUCGUACUUCCAACAAAAUGUCCAUAUAUAUAUAUAUAUAUUUAUGCUAUUGGUUCCAGUGAUAUAUGUUCAACUAGCAACAAAAGUCUUGCUGGUACAUUUUUCUUACUUCAAAUACCUCUCCAUGAUAUAUAUAUCUUUGUAAACGUUUCUUAUUGAAGUAUUGUACUUUUUAACACUUUCAGCAUUGCUUAUGCUUGAAAUUUUAACCAUUUACAAGCAAAAACUAAUACAAAACAGAUUUUUCACCGUUUUUUUAUUAGAAAAUAAAGUUAUUUAGUAGUUGCUUUAUUUUGGUAAAAAGCCAUUUUGAACAAUGUUAAGCAAUGUUGUAAGACUAUGGAAAAAUAAAACCAUAUUAAAGAAGGU